UCGCCCCUUCGCCCUCCCCGGCGUCUUGGGCGCCGGCCGUGCCGGCGCCGCUGCGCUACGCCACGCCAUGGCGGCUGCCUUUGCGGAGCGGCUGCUGCAGGCCUUUCAGGAGGCGGGCCUGGAGCGGGAGACGUGCCACUUCGACGAGGCCUCCGGGCAAAUGGUCAUCAGCGGAAAUGUGACUCGCGUGGUGCCGGUGGCAACGCUCUUCUCGCAGUAUGCCCGUGCUGAUGAGGCUGCCAAGGGCAAGCUGUUGGAUGCCGCACUGAAGGCCUUUGUAGAGGGCGAUGCCGACGUGCCGGAAACUGCCGACGAACGGCUGCUUCCGCAGCUUUGGAGCAAGCAGAGGAUCGCGGCCAGGCAGCUGACACUGCCGCCAGGCUUUGAGCUGCCCCACUGCGGCCUGCAUGGCGAAAUGCCCGCGGGCGAUCUUGGGGUGGUGCUGGUUUGUGACUACAAAUCCGACAGCUUGAGCAUUGAGACGCCUGUUCUGUCUUCAGAUUUGUCGCGCUGGAGCUUGAGCUUCACAGCUGCCACGCAGAAGGCUCUCGAGAACCUCCGCAGCCGCACAAAGAGAGGGCCAUCAGCUAACAGUCGCUGGGAACAUCAUCCAACUGGCUGCGGCGAAUCUUGCUGGAAGGACGGCUUCGAUGCCGUGCGCGUGGCGCUCUUUCCCAAGCUCGUGGCCGCCCGCAAGCGCCCAGACGGCGUGGCGGAGCAGGGUGGCCAUGUGGUGGCUUUUGCUACAAGCUCCUGCGUGUUGGCCAGUGUGUCCAAGAACGCCUUGGGGCUUUGCUUCAUGGGCGACACACUCAACCUCCAGAUGGCACAGGAUCCCAAGCUGUCUGCGACACCGAUGCGGCUCCUGAAGAUGAAGGACUCGCGUGCCAGCAGCGAGCGGCACCCGCUGGAGUCUUCUGCCAGCGAAGGCAUGGUGUGGCGCUGGAUGCCCUACACCCCGGGUGGGCCGCCCUUGCACUCACCUGGCGAGUUUUCGGUGCCCAUUGAUCAGGGUGAAGUUGAUGCCAUUCUGGAAGCAGCGGAGAAGGGUCGGCCUGUACCAGUCUUCACUCAAAACGUUGCCAAGAAGGCGGCAUCCUCAGACGGCUUCGCGAAGAAGAAGGAGGAGGGCAAUGCGCUCUUCAAGGCAGGUGACUUUGUGAAGGCGGUGGCUGCUUACGACUCCGCGCUGGCAGAGCCAGCCCCGGAUGGCGAGGCAGCUGUGGCCCACAGCAACGCGGCGCAGGCGUUGCUGAAGCUGGCAGAUGCCGAGGCAGGUGACCGGAGGAAGGCUUGCGCUGCAGAGGCGCUCCGCCGCGCGCGUGAGGCCAUCCAGCUCGACCCGACGAACAUCAAGGCGCUGGCGCGCUGCGCUGCGGCCUGCGAUCUGCUUGGUGAGGCGGAGGCGGCCGCGGAGUUCCGGCAGCACCAGCAGGGCUGCGAGGCGGCGUGCGAGGCCACGCGCGCGGCGCGGCGGGCGGAAGUGGAGCGACAGCAGCGGGCGCAAGAGGAGCAGAAGCAGCGCCUCGCGGCAGCCAGAGAGGAGGAGGAGCGCCUGGAGGCGCUCAUGCGGAGGGAGCGCGCGCUGGAGCAGCAGCGGCGCGAGGUGGAGGAAACCCAGGCGAACGAGGCCACUGCCACGCGGCUCUCCGCCAUGCUGGGCAUGGGCAGCCUGGCUGGCGUGGGCAAGGCCUGAGGCAGGCGGGCAGGCGGCAUCCCCAGCCCCUUAAAAAUGGAAUGGGGGGAGGGGAGUGACAUCUC